AACAGAUUAGAUUUUACAAACAUAUUUGUUUAUCCCACUAAUAAAUAUAUCUUAAACAAAAUAAUUUACAUAAAUAGUAUGGCUGAAGGUUAAUUAAACCAGUGAACAAUGAGGCUGCAUAGGAUUAUACCUAAGCCUGUUUUUUAAUAAACGAAUAGAUAAAAAAAAAAAAAAAAAAAAAAAAAAUACCUUCCCAUUCCAACAUUUACAUAGGUUGAAGGUUAUGUUUAGUACUAGCCUACUGCUUAGUGUACUGCUAAAUUCACAGGCACACACUAGACACUAACAGAGAUGUAACUGCUCAUUGACAUUUGACUGACAGUAGAAACUGGUGUUCGUUGCUGAACUGCAGUUUAAUUAUACUAUGUUUGGAAAUAAUUUAUCAGAUCCUUGUUAUGUUAUGUAAAUUGUAAAAAAUUGGCACUUUUGGAUAAAUAUCAUCUUCAGGUCAAGAUGAAGAUCUUUAAUAGUAUUUGGUCAAAGUGUGUCAACUACUGGAUUUACUUAAAGUUAUGUUUUUUUCACCUUAUUUUGCAAUUUACAUCUGGAUCAAAGCUAUGCCGCAGAUGUUAUGGAAUCAAUGAUCUGGUCAAAGUGUGUCAACUACUGGAUUUACUUAAAGUUAUGUUUUUUCACCUUAUUUUGCAAUUUACAUCUGGAUCAAAGCUAUGCCGCAGAUGUUAUGGAAUCAAUGAUCUGGUCAAAGUGUGUCAACUACUGGAUUUACUUAAAGUUAUGUUUUUUCACCUUAUUUUGCAAUUUACAUCUGGAUCAAAGCUAUGCCGCAGAUGUUAUGGAAUCAAUGAUCUGGUCAAAGUGUGUCAACUACUGGAUUUACUUAAAGUUAUGUUUUUUCACCUUAUUUUGCAAUUUACAUCUGGAUCAAAGCUAUGCCGCAGAUGUUAUGGAAUCAAUGAUCUGGUCAAAGUGUGUCAACCACUGGAUUUACUUAAAGCUAUGUUUUUUCUCCUUAUUUUGCAAUGCACAUCUGGAUCAAAGCUAUGCCGCAGAUGUUAUGGAAUCAAUGAUCUGGUCAAAGUGUGUCAACUACUGGAUUUACUUAAAGUUAUGUUUUUUCACUUUAUUUUGCAAUGCACAUCUGGAUCAAAGCUAUGCCGCAGAUGUUAUGGAAUCAAUGAUCUGGUGAUGAAUGAAUUCUCAAUUUCAAUAAUGAAAAAUGUAGUUUUGAUAUUUUUUCAGUUUGCUCUUAAAAUUGAUAUUGAACUGUAAUCAUGUUCUCUGUUUG